UGAUGAAAGCUAACAACACUGUUAGUCACGAAAUUAGGCUGAUAUCGUGAGAGACAUUACAAUUACUCCACUAUCAUCAAAAGAAUUUAGUAACAAAUUGAUUAUUUUAUUCAAUCGCCUAAUUAUUCAGCUGCAUUGCAUUGAUAAAUCUAACACAAGACACAAGAUGUUCUACUCAUGAUGUUAGUUAAAACGGAUCAAAAAUUCGAUUAGAACAGACGAGUGAAUACAUAACGUGUAGUGAUGUCAAAUUAACAUAACACAGAAAAAAUGAUGUUUGGAGGAUUGUGCGAAAAAAAUUUCAAGGCGGACGUGAAAAAAAUUGUGUUGUGGCUGUGAAUAGUGCGAUUACGGGGUCCCGAAAAGUGUGCUAGUGAAACGAGCAGUGGGGAAAAGGAAUAAUUUUUUUUUCUCGGUAAUAAAUAAUCGUAUUGCGCUCACUGUUUUCGUUUUUUUCGCUGCAAUAUCAAAUUGCGGUAUAUAUGAUACCAAAUUAUAGAAACCAACAUGGCUUCGAAUCGCGGAUUACAAAUCGGUUCAGCAUGGUUCCAGAGAAAAAUAAACCUGCGACCACAGCACCGUGGUGUCCAUUUGGUCACCGAAGAAAUAUUAAGACAAAUGCCCGAACUGGGACAGUUCUCGGUGGGCCUAUGUCACGUCCAAAUUCUACACACAUCAGCAAGUUUAGCUUUAAAUGAAAGCUGGGAUCCAGAUGUCAGGGAUGAUAUGGAAAUGAUGUUAAAUAAAAUAGUUCCAGAAGGAUUGCCAUAUAGACACAGUUGUGAAGGUCCCGAUGAUAUGCCUGCCCACGUCAAAGCAUGUUUCCUUGGUAGCUCACUGACAAUUCCAAUCAGCGACGGUAAACUAUCACUGGGCACAUGGCAAGGCGUUUGGCUAUGUGAACAUCGCGACCAUGCCGGUUCACGCAAAUUAGUGAUAACAUUAUCUGGCUGUCCAAGAGAUUCAGCCCGUAGUCCAUUAUCCCCUGUAUCACCAAUUGCGUCGACGUCCAGUUAGGGACGGCCUCGCUCCGCUCGCGACAGUCGAUAAUCGCGGGGGAGCGACAAUAAUGCCAUCAAUUUGCAAUCAUCGAACCAACAUUCCGAAAUUGAUAAGCAUUAUUCGUUGAAGAAAUUUACUGUUAUGGUUGAUACGGCAACCAAUACCGAUCAAUGUGAACGAAAAUGGUUUUGUUGCUGUUGUUGAUAUUAUGUGUAUAGAGGAUAUGCAACAUUAAAACCAACAAAAAACAUAUAACGAUAGCCGAAAUCGAUCUACAAGAUCUGUAUUUAGAGAUGUUGUUAUCAAUUUAUAUAUUGUGUGCAUGGCUUCUUCUGGCACUGAGCCAGAGUGAUACUGAUUGAAUAUGUGUGCUGUGUGUGUGUGUGAAUAGGUGAUAAAAAACGAAUAAAGGAAACAAAACAUUUUGAAACAAAAGAAAAAUUAAAUUGGUUGAAAAAUGAAAAAUGGAGUGGAAGUGUGACUGGUUGAUGGGUGUGUGUGUGUGUCACGGGUAGAAUAUUUUAAGUCAUAAAUUUCGUUAAACAAUCAAAAAUGUUACAAUUACGUUUGUAUAUCUAAUUAUAAGUAAGUGAAAACAUUGAGUAAAGACAAGCAAAUCAGUUACUAUUUUCGAUGAUAUUAACAUUUUACAUUUCUGCUCCAUUUUCUCGUUUUUUUGUUUCGAAAAUCGUUCACUAAACUAAAAUUUAAAGAAAAACCGUUGAAUUUACACGCCGGAAACAUACGAAUUAUAU